AAUAUCAACGCUACUAUAAAUACAUCAACAGCCUUUGUGCUGUCAGCUUAAUAUUUCAGCCAUGUCUAGUUCAAGAGGAGGAGGCCGUAAAGGAAGAGCAAAAUCAUUAACUCAUAAUCAUUCUCGUCGCCACUCCAAUAAUCAAAAUUGGGUAAUCAAAUCUCCAAUUGACACACAAGAGUCACAAUUAGGGUCACAUAAAUAUGAAGACUUUUCACCUGAAAUAGCAACAACAACAACAACAGUAGAAAAAGAAGAACCCAAUUUGGAAUAUAUUCAAAAAGACCAAAAACCCCCUCAUCGAAAUCGCAAGAAUUCCAAAAGGGUAUCCCGGAAGGUCAAUGGUAACUUGGAGAAGAAACCAGAAAGUUUUGUAGACAAAGUUGAGAAGAAAUUACAAGGUGAAGAAAGUUACAGAGAUGUGUGUGUUGUUGAAAAGAGUGUAGAGAAAGUUGAUGAUGUUUGGACAAGGCUUGAGGAACUGCAAUUAGGUGCUGAAGAACCCGAGUUAUCGCCCGAACAACUUAGAAUCAAUGAUCAAGCACAGGAGGAUGAGUUACUAGUGCUGGAAUCUAUUUUUGGUGACAAUGUCUUCAUUCUUGAUAGACGGAAUGGUCUACGGUCUUUCCAGAUUCACGUACAUAUUGAACUUCCUGAUGAGCUGAUGGUGUCUGUAAAUUUGAGUACCUCUGGUGCUCUUGGAAUACCAGAUGAUUGUUCACCUGAGUUCUCAUACUCCCUCAAAGUUGAGCAUCUACCACCGAUUGUGUUGACAUGUUUAUUACCUAAAUCAUAUCCGAGCCACCUUCCUCCUCACUUUACAAUCUCUGUCCAGUGGUUAAAUUCAGCAAAAAUUUCGUCUCUUUGCUCCAUGCUCGAUUCAAUCUGGAAGGAACAAUUAGGUCAAGAGGUUUUAUACCAGUGGGCAGAGUGGUUGCAUGGCUCUUCUCUUUCUCAUUUGCAAUUUGAAAAAGAAAUAAAGUUAGGUUUUGGUGCUGAGAGUCAUAUUGGAGAUCGACGUGCAAUUUCGGGAACUGUUUCACCAGAGGUUGACAUCCCUUCACUCAAGAGCUAUGACGAGGAACAGCGCCAUGAGAACUUUAGUAGAAACCUUCAUCAGUGCUGCAUUUGUUUCAAUGAAUAUCCUGGUAUGGAGUUUGUGAGGUUGCCGUGUCAGCAUUUUUUUUGCUGGAAUUGCAUGAAAAUUUACUCUGACAUGCAUGUCAAGGAAGGUACAAUCAUGAAGCUUUUGUGCCCUGAGGCAAAAUGUGGAGGUAUGAUUCCUCCAGGUUUGCUAAAGAGGUUACUUGGUGAAAUGGAGUUUGAACGCUGGGAAUCAUUGAUGUUACAGAAAACAUUGGAAUCAAUGAAGGAUGUGUGCUACUGCCCAAGAUGUGAAACAGUAUGCAUCGAGGAUGAAGAUCAGCAUGCCCAAUGUGCAAAAUGCUUCUUUAGUUUUUGUACCCUAUGCAAGGAAAAGCGUCAUGUUGGAGUUGAAUGCAUGACACCAGAACUGAAGCUUCUUAUUUUACAGGAGCGACAGAAUUCAUCUCAAUUGAAAGAUAGCCAAAGACUGCGUGAGAAAGAAAUGAUUAAUGAUCUUCUCAGUAUGCGGGAAAUUCAUCGUUCUGCAAAGCAAUGCCCUUCCUGUGGGAUGGCUAUCUCACGAGCUGAGGGCUGCAAUAAAAUGGUGUGCGAUAAUUGUGGACAAUACUUUUGCUAUCGAUGUAAUCGGGCGAUUAGUGGAUAUGAGCACUUCAGGGAUGGGAUAUGUGAACUUUUCCCACCAGAAGCAAUUCAGAUGUGGGAAGAGAGGAUUAAUGCUCGCCAAGUUCUCGGUCAGAUUCAAGCUCAAAUGCUUCCUAAUCAUGGUCAGCCAUGCCCUAAUUGUCGCCAAAUGAAUCCAAAGGUUGGAAAUAACAAUCACAUAUUCUGCUGGGCGUGCCAGAAUCAUUAUUGUUACCUUUGUAGAAAGACGGUGAAGCGAAGCUCCCAGCAUUAUGGACCAAAGGGUUGCAAACAACACACUGCUGAUGAAUAGUUGGGAAAAAAACAUUCCAGUUUAAGGAGAUAUUUCUCAGAAAAUUUCAUUGAUCUUGCUCAUUGAUAUCCGUGUUCCUCAUACAUGCUUAUGGCAAAGGUCGAUGGCCAGGGUCCUAGCUAGUCUCGCGGACAUAUCUUCUCCUGUGAUAUAUGGCAUUUUCGCAGCUGUUGUAAGUGCAUGCAUUAGUGUACACCGAAGUUUCAUUCUGCCAAAUACCGAGGCUUAGUAAGAGCUACGCCGGCAUAACGAGCAGAUUUUAACCAGUGCUCUUUUUUUCUCAAAGGUGAAAGAGUGAUGUUGAGUGUAUUUAUCUUUGCAGUAGGUUCAGGUCAAACAAUGACACAAAGUUUUGUCAAAUUCUUUUACUUCCCUUUUAUUUACGGCUGUGAAAUUUGAGCUUGACUGAAAUUUCAGCAAUGCUGUUUUACAGGCUUGUGGAUAGAGAGGAAUAUACGUUUGUUUGAGUAACUGUGUAAUGCCACGGUAUUUAUACCUUUUGUUUGAAAUAUGUGAUUAUUGUUUUAUUUGA